CCUAUCGCCUCAAAACAGCGCGUACCUAACGCUGAUGAGUUCCCUGUCCUCGGUGGAUCGACGACCCCUCCCGCCCAAAGCCCUGGUAUCAACGGUCAUAUGAAUGGUCUUUCAGGCCCGACCGCCGCGCAAGUCCUGCGAGCACCUCCCCCUGCCCGUAAAGAUAGCUACAGGGAUACCUCGACCUCGUCGCGCAGUCAGACUCCCGAGUCGGCUCAACCCACUCAACCCUCUAAACCCGCCUCUGAGGUGAAUCACGCACCUACUUCUGCCCCUCUGCAGGAGCCCGUCGUCAACAAGCUUCCUGUCUCGUUCGCCGCCGUCGCUAACGGUGCGCCCGACGCUGCCAAGGAAGUCUCUGUAUCGGCGUAAAAUGGCUGGCUAGCCAACCUUUUCGCAUCCCUCAUCGUCAUAGACAAUGCAUCAUUACGCCUCGUGUAUUUCUUCCAUAUGUUCUAUCUCUCUACUUGGUCGUUCGUCAGUUCUCCUCACUCUCGUGUUGGGCUCUUUCUCUGUCUUUUGCUUCUCCUGAUCCGGGGUGUGCUUGAUUCACUCUACAUCUUGCUUCCGCUAAUUUGCAAUACGUCACGGACCCCUCCCUGCUCUGCGCAAGUUUAGGUUCCGUCUCCCCGCAUUCAUCAAGAUCGUUUCAAGUUCAUACUUAUAUCAAAUCUCUCUCACUCUCUCACUAUCGCUGCACCUGUGUUGUCGAAUUGCUUCUUCUAGAUUCGCACUUCUCACCGUUUCCUUUCCUCACCCUCAUGCUCGUCCCGCCACCCAGCGCCCGCACGCUCAGCCAAUGCCCCUUCUUAUUCGCAUGUUUAUCCUAUCUCGGUUCUCUUUCUGAUACUCGAGACUGCUGGCCCUGUCCUCGUCUCGGCUUACUUUGUCACCCAGAUAUGCUUUUCGCCUUCUCUUUGUCUGCCUUUGUGUCUCAGCUCACUGUUUCGUACGUAUUCUGAUCGGCCUGUGUCUAUCUAUUUUUCUUAUUCUCUUUCGUUCCACAUACUUACCCUCUGUCGCUCUUUUUUCCCCGGCCCAUUCGUCCCCGCCAUCGUACCGUUCUACCGUUCUUUCACUAUCAUCGCACGGCCUCCAUGGAGGUAUAAAAGCAAUUACAUGGUCUCGACGGUUGUAGUCUCUCACAUCUGUUCCUCACUUCGUCUUUUUUUCUUCUUCCUCUUUUUUCUGCUUCCUCUUCACUAUUCAGCCGCUUACUACCCCCCUACUCCAUUGACAUGUAAACGAUGCUUCAUACUGUAACAUCCAUUCGCUGUCAGUAUAUCAGUUACGCGACCUCCUCGGUCGUCUGACCAUCUUUUUCUGCACAUACAUCCACACAUUGAUUGUC